AUGCCGGCAACUUACAAUAUCUACAAUUCCAAUUUGCACUUUCGCAACAACGCUGAGCAGCCCAAUCCGGUCGGUCAGGAUAGUUGGGGAACAACAACUGCCACGGAUCAUCAGCAGAGGCCCAGCUCGAAGCCAUGGCAGAUGCCCCUUCGAGCCCAGACCGUCACCUCAAAGCCCUGGCGUCAUCCUGUGCAGCAAUCUUCAGCUACUCAGGGUAGCUGGGCUCCAGCCGCUACAUGGGAAACGCCACCUGCUACGAACUGGGAGCAGAGGCCCACAUCACAGCCCUGGCGCAACCCUGCCCAGAACAACAGCAAUAGCAAUGCCAACAAAGGUCCUUGGUCGAUGCCACAAAACGCAGGGAUUGUGGAACACGCUGCUUUCCAUCACCAGCCGAGGUGCUGUCCCAGAUUUCUCGUCAUCAUCAACAUCAUCAACCAAGUGGAUGGGUUUCAUGGACAGAGCCAGUGGCAAAUGAAACAGUACGUAGCGAAUGACGACAGCCUGAAGAGGCUCUGCGUAAGACCGUGUGGAGAUUGA